AUGGCGGAACUGCGACGUCGGUUUGGCGCAGACCUCGUAUCUACAUCUACCAACGACGAGAACACUCCCUCGAAUGCGAAUUCUUCAUCGAAAGUUAUAGCCUCAGAGAAGGUGGCAGAAGCGCCCAAGGCGGAAGAUAAUUGCUAUAACAAGGUUGAGAAGGAGGUCGUAUACGUCCAGGCAUCCUCGAAACCGGAGGACGCGGUUCCCCCGAAAAGAAGAAGUAAGCGACGGAAUGGAUUGAUAUUCGGGCUUGGAGGGAUCUUUGGGAUAUUUGUGGCGCUAUUCUUCGCAAAUCAGAAUGAGGUUAUCAGUUUAGAUGCACUGCUGGAUCUCAAUAUCGACUCGCUGAUCGAUGUUAUACCUGCAGGCAUUGUCCGAGAUGCAAAAGAGUUUUCAGCGCAGGGGAUUAAGGCUACUCAUCCAGUCAUCAUGAUACCCGGAGUGAUAUCCACUGGCCUUGAGAGCUGGGGGACGGAUGAAAAGUCAAGACCGUACUUCCGAAAGCGUCUCUGGGGCAGUUGGAGCAUGAUGCGUGCACUGGUCCUUGACACUGCAGGCUGGAAGAGCAAUAUCAUGCUGGAUAAAGAGACCGGGCUUGAUCCGCCUGGAGUCAAACUACGAGCUGCCCAAGGCUUUGAUGCAACGGAUUUCUUCAUCACAGGCUACUGGAUUUGGAAUAAGAUAUUGGAAAACCUGGCGACAAUAGGAUAUGACCCGACAAAUGCAUAUUCAGCUGCAUACGACUGGAGGCUUUCAUAUCUUAACCUAGAGCAUAGAGACCACUACUUUAGCAGGCUCAAGGACCAUAUCGAAACUGCAGUGAAGCUGAACGGGAAGAAAGUGGUCCUUGUCUCACAUAGUAUGGGAUCACAGGUAGCUCUAUUCUUCUUCAAAUGGGCUGAGCACAAAGGCUACGGCAACGGUGGUCCAGACUGGGUCGAUCGUCACAUUGCGUCUUGGAUCAACGUCAGCGGCUGCAUGCUGGGUGCUUCCAAGGGCCUUACAGCAGUACUAUCCGGAGAGAUGCGAGAUACCGCCCAACUCAACGCCUUUGCAGUCUACGGCCUGGAGAAAUUCCUGUCCAAAGAAGAACGGGCUGAGAUCUUCCGUGCCAUGCCAGGUAUUUCCAGCAUGUUACCCAAGGGCGGCAACGAAGUAUGGGGCAACCAUACCUGGGCGCCAGACGACUUCCCCAAUCAGCCAGUAACUAACGGCAACCUGCUGAACUUCCGAUCAAACAGCACGCUCACAGCUGCCUCGAGGCAUAAUUUCACUGUUGAAGACGGCCUAGCUUAUUUGUACAACAUUUCCGAACCAUGGUAUCGCAACCAGCUUGACGAGAACUACUCUCAUGGCGUUGCCCAUACAGCUGCAGAAGUCGAGGCGAACGAAAACGAUCCCCGUAAAUGGUUGAAUCCGCUUGAAGUCCGCCUCCCUCUAGCCCCUAAUAUGAAGAUAUACUCGUUCUACGGCGUUGGCAAGCCAACGGAACGAAGCUACUUUUACCGCGAGGAAGUUGAUCCCUUGUCGAAACUGAAUUUGACCAUGGACACUUCUGUGAUGGAAGGGGAAGGGGAAGGACACGUUGAUCGGGGCGUUGUUAUGAACGAGGGCGAUGGGACGGUUAAUCUGCUUAGCUUGGGGUAUAUGGGCACUCGUGGAUGGAGGAUUAAGAGGUAUAACCCGGCCGGGAUACCGAUUAAAGUGUACGAGAUGCCUCAUGAGCCUGAACGGUUCUCGCCGCGUGGGGGUCCUAAUACAGCCGAUCACGUUGAUAUCCUGGGCCGAGCCUCUUUGAAUGAUUUGAUUCUGCGUGUUGCAGGGGGUAAAGGCGAUUCUAUAGAGGAGAACUACGUCUCUCGCAUCAAGGAGAUAGCCAGUCAGGUGAAGAUAUAUGAUGACGAGUAG